AUGGCCACCCACCAACAACCGUCCCCGACGGCGGGACUACCCACCCACCAUGGCCCGCCCGGCCACCAGCAGCCUAAUGGCCACGCUCCCUUCCCGGCCCAGGCCAAGGGCGGCAUCUCGACCGUCCUCACCCAGGCGAACGAGCAGACCUGGCUCGCCCUAGGCAACCUCUCCGAGAUGAUGAGCGACCUCGACGGCGCCCGCCAGUGCUACGACCACGCUCUGCGCCACAACAACUGGUCCGUCCCUGCCAUGCAGGCCAUCUCGUGCAUCCUGCGGAGCAUGGAGCAGUUCCCCGCUGCCGUCGAGUACCUCAAGAACAUCCUGAAGAUCGAUUCGAACAAUGGCGAUGUCUGGGGCAGUCUCGGCCAUUGCUACCUCAUGAUGGACGACCUGCAGCAGGCUUACUCUGCCUACCAGCAGGCACUCUACCACCUGCAGGACCCAAAGGAGCCCAAGCUCUGGUACGGUAUCGGCAUUCUGUACGAUCGCUACGGCUCGCUCGAGCACGCCGAAGAGGCGUUUUCGCAGGUGAUGCGCAUGGAGCCGAGCUUUGAAAAGGCCAACGAGAUCUAUUUCCGUCUCGGCAUUAUUUACAAGCAGCAGCAAAAGUUCUCGUCCAGUUUGGAGUGCUUCAAAUACAUUGUCAAUGACCCCCCUCGACCGUUGACGGAAGAGGACAUCUGGUUCCAGAUUGGUCACGUGUAUGAACAACAGAAAGACUACGAAUCGGCGAAAAACGCCUACAGACGCGUUCUCGACCGGGACCCGAACCAUGCCAAGGUCCUUCAGCAGCUCGGUUGGCUUCAUCAUCAACAGAGCAGCAGCUUCGAGAGUCAGGAGCGAGCGAUUGAGUAUUUGGAGAAGUCCGUUGCGUCGGAUCAAAGUGACGCCCAGAGCUGGUACUUGCUGGGUCGUUGUUACAUGUCGCAGCAAAAGUACCCCAAGGCGUACGAAGCUUACCAACAGGCCGUCUAUCGUGAUGGCAGGAACCCGACCUUCUGGUGCUCGAUUGGUGUCCUCUACUACCAAAUCAACCAAUAUCGGGAUGCACUCGAUGCUUACUCUCGCGCCAUUCGCCUGAACCCCAACAUCUCUGAGGUCUGGUACGACCUCGGAACUUUGUACGAGUCCUGCAACAACCAAACUGCCGACGCAUUGGAUGCAUACCAACGUGCAGCUGAUCUUGACCCGGCAAACGUGCACAUCAAGGCACGCCUGCAACUACUGCAGAAUGGCCAGCCGACGAACGGCAUGCCGAACCAGAACAGCCAGCCGUUGCCGCAGGACGUUCACCCUCAGGCAUACCAACCAGGAGCCAUGAAUGGUCCACCGCAGCCUCAAUGGGGCGGUCCUCAGCCUUCUCAACCCGCUCCUCAGCAGCCUUUGCCUCCAGCUGCCCUCGGCGGCGGUAAUGACUGGAAUAGACGCCUUGCUGGCAUUCAAGACCCGCAGAUGCCGGCGCAGCAGAUCGGACCUUACGAUCAACGCGAUCCUGCGCUCAGACCCGGGGCAUCAGCUCGCCCCGCUAGCCCGAGGCAAGAGCCCCCCAGGCAGUUCCAAGAACCGCCGCGACUGAAUGCUGGCCCAGGACCGGCUCGCCGAGGCCUCUCCCCGUCGCCCAAGAGCCAUAACGCUGCCCCCAACCUGUACCAGGGUGGACAGGCAAACCUUCCUCCGCAGCAACAGCCGCCGCAAGGCCAGCAAGCGCAGCAGAGCCAGCCCAACAGGAUCGCCAAUCCCAAUUACGGAGCUCACGCUUCGAACGGACCUGCCCCGCCAGCCUCGUUGAAUGGCCCACCUCCAGGACCUGGGCCGGUGCCGCCCUAUGGCCGUCCCGCAAGCCCUCCCCCCGAAGUUCGCCCCAUCAUCCAGAGCCAGGCCGCAUCUCCAAACUCACACUACCCCCACCAGAACUAUCAGCACCAUCCUGACCCUGCAGCUCCGGGAGGAAUUGCUAGUGGCGCCCCUCCGCCAGCUUCAGCUCUUGCUGCUGCCGAGGCGGCUGCUCGUGAUCGGGAUGAGAGGACCCCGACUGCUCCAAAGCGUCUGCGUGAAUGGGAGGAUGACAACAGCCCUGCUCAGAAACCCCCCGCGAAUGACGAAAAGCGCCAGCGCCUUGACGACGAUGAACCACCUCGCCGUCCCUCUCCGCCCGAAAGGAUGGCUUCUCAGACCUCGCAGGUACAGCGAACCCCUCCGGAUGCUGCCGAGGCACGCCGCCCCGAGGAGCAGAGACACAUCAACGAUGGAUAUCACCCUUCGGAGGCGGCACACCACCCUCCAUCGCUGCCUGCCAUUCACCCCCCGCCUCCACCGCAGACGCCGCAUGCGGCCGAGCAACCGAAGGAAGAGCGUAAGGAGCAACACGAGCCGGCUGCUCGCAAGAUGGAGGUUGAUGAAGACUACGACGACAGUGGCGAUGACGAAAAGCGGGUACAGCAACCACCCCGCUCCGAACGCAACAGCCCGCGAAGCGUUACCAAUGGCGUAAACCACACGCCCACUCCGAUGGAGACCAAGCCGCCAAUGUAA